AUGGAUCACUUGAUAAACUUGAAACACAUUCAUUUGAAUCUCAUUCCCGAUAAACAAGUUGUUGACAUUAUCAAGUCAUUGGACAAGGAUCUGGGCCAAGAGCGCAUGUCAAGAAUACAGUUGACAUGGGUUGCCUCUUACAAAUUCAUGGCAGAAGAUAUCAUUGCCGAAGGUGAAAGGAUCAGUUAUGUACCGGCCGCAAUUAGAAAACGCUUUGCCAAUUCAACCUUGAAGUUGGAUGUUAACGUUGACGACGAAGGAUUGGGAGGCAUCAUUGAGGAGGUCGGAAAGCUCAAUUCCAAUUCGCUCGAACUAACCAUGUCCUCAUCCGAACCCAAGUGGCACAUGUGUUACAAAGACCUCUAUCCACCAACCAUUGGUCGACUGGAGAGCCUAUACAUUUGUGGUGACUAUGUUAGUUUGAGCGAUGUCAACAAUAUGCUUGCAAACUGGCCCACACUACAAAGUCUAAUAUUGGAAUUGGCCUUCACUAGCAUACUCAAUGGGAAACAAGGAUCAACUCACUGUACCAAUGAGUUCAUAUCUGCCGGUCGUACAUCAGACUCACACGAGCUCUUUCAACAACUAUGCCAAUCACUCCAGAAGAAUACCACACUUAGAGUCCUGGAUCUUUACAAUCUCUGCACAAAGAGUGUUGCAGAGUGUAUGAACUCGGUCGAGACAGCACAAUUACUCGAGGUACCUCGUGCGCUCUUUGCCGACUCUUUUCGCUCAAGUGUUCAAACAUAA